CUCAUUGCACUGAUGUGCAAUGACAAUAAAAUAUAUUAUUAUUAUUAUUAUGAAUGAUCUGGUGAAUUAUUCAUCAGAGGGGUUGUUUCAUCAUAACAAUGGAAACGGGUAAAACAUUGUGGCAUCACUGUAUGAAUGUAUACAUUUAAACUUGGAUUGCUGCGAUCACAGAGUUCUAUCAUUGAACCAUUGUGUAAUUGUGAUGCAUCAUAUUUAUUUACAAUUAUUGGGCAGUUACCUGGUAACAUUAGCUUUGGUGAAAAGGAUUCAGUAGCUCUGCUGAAGUCUUAAAUCAUCUCAAGUAUGAUAGUUUUCCUGCUUUUGGAUUUCUUUAUAUUUUGAUGUGGGUUGUAUUUUAGUUAAAAGAGCAUUUCCAAAUCUAGACAAAGGAAAUAAGCCUUAAACUUUCCCUUUCGCUCCCGAGUAAUUUUCCACUGUGCAUGAAUCUUUCAGGAGGAAAAAAAGAAAGGAAACAUGCAGGAUCCCAACGAAGACACUGAAUGGAAUGAUGCCUUACGAAGUUUCGGCAUUAUCCCUCCAAAAGAACAACCGAGGGAUGAAGUUGAAGAAAUGGUUUUACGUUUACAAGAGGAAGCGAAAGUUAAGCCCUAUGAACGGAUGAAUCUUGCAGAGCUAAAGGAAGCAGAGGAUGAGUUUGAUGAGGAGGAUGAAAAUGCUAUUGAAUUGUACAGAUGCCAGAGAGUGGCAGAAUGGCACGCUGUACAGAAAAAAAGCAGAUUUGGUGAGUUGGCUGAACUGCAAGGAGAUGAGUACGUAAAACAAGUUACGUAUGCAGGAGAAGAUGUAUGGGUCAUUCUUCAUCUUUAUAGACCUGGCAUACCAAUGUGCAUUUUCCUCAAUCAUCACUUGGGUAAUCUAGCUAAGAAAUAUCCCGAAACAAAAUGCAUGAAGGCUAUUGCAAACAUUUGUAUUCCUAACUAUCCAGACAAAUAUUUGCCAACAAUAUUUGUGUAUUUUGAGGGUCAAAUGAAGGCAAGAUUCAUUGGAUUGGAAUGUGGAGUACCAGAUAUGAAGUUAGAAGAGCUGGAACGGAAACUGGCAAAGACAGGUGCAAUAAAGGCAGAUUUAGAAGAGAAACACAAAAAGACUGUGGACAUGAAGGCAUCAACAAAAAAAGAAUGCUCUAUUCGACAUUCUAAUGAAAGUGACCAAGAAGAUGAUGCGUGAUACUGACAGCAAAUAUUACCAGAUCAUUAGUAUUGAUUAAAUAAUAUGUUACAUCAACGAAUUCGGAUCCUUUUUUAUUUUGUAAUAAAUUCACAUGCUUGUUAGUUUUGCGAGCUGACUUUGCUAUGUCUGAGUACCAGAUGAAUUAAAAAAAUCUCUCUCCAAACUUCUGAACUCAGCAGAAUUUACUAAUUUUAAUCAUCACAGGUGGGCAGUAUUUGUGAACCAGUUUUCCAUUUGAGAAGCCUUUGAGAAGAUGAGUUGAACGGGUACUUUGGAUAAGUCUUCACUAAGGAGGACACAAACAAUCUUCCUGAUAUACUAGUAGCCAGAGGAUCUGGGGUGAUGGAGGAACUGAAGGAAAUCCACAUUAGGCAGGAAAUGGUGUUGGGUAGACUGAUGGGAUUGAAGGUUGAUAAAUUCCCAGGGCCUGAUGGUCUGCAUCCCAGGGUACUUAAGGAAGUGCCUCUAGAAAUUGUGGAUGCAUUGGUGAUCAUUUUCCAAUCUUCUAUAGAUUCAGGAUCAGAUCCUGUGGAUUGGAGGGUAGCUAAUGUUAUCCCACUUUUUAAGAAAGGCAGGAGAGAGAAAACAGGGAAUUAUACACCAGUUAGCCUGGCAUCGAUGGUGGAGAAAAUGCUGGAGUCAAUCAUAAAAGAUGAAAUAGCUGCAUAUUUGGAUAGCAGUAACAGGAUUGGUCUGAGUCAGCAUGGAUUUACGAUGGGGAAAUCAUGCUUGACUAAUCUGGAAUUUUUUGAGGAUGUAACUAGGAAAAUGGACAUGGGAGAGCCAGUGGAUGUAGUGUACCUGGACUUACAGAAAGCAUUUGAUAAGGUCCCACAUAGGAGAUUAGUGUACAUAAUUAGGGUACAUGAAAUUGGGGGAAGAGUGCUGACAUGAAUAGAAAAUUGGUUGGCAGACAGGAAAUAUAGAGUAGGGACUAACGGGUCCCUUUCAGAAUGGCAGGCAGUGACGUGGGGUACCGCAAGGCUCGGUGCUGGGACCGCAGCCAUUUACAAUGUACAUCAAUGAUGAAGGGAUUCAAAGUAACAUUAGCAAAUUUGCAGAUGACACAAAGCUGGGUGGCAGUGUGAACCGAGAGGACGAUGCUAUGAGAAUGCAGGGUGACUUGGACAGGUUGGGGGAGUGGGAAAAUUAGAACCAAAAUUGGAUUGCACCUCAUCUUGCUGCCACCUUCUGCUAAGCCUCCUUGCUGAAACUUCAUGAGCCAAAGCCUUAGCACUUACCCAUAAACAAAGCACUUGCACCUCAAUGCACAGCAUCUCCCAACACAUCCAUUCCCAAUCAGCCGUUUUGCUAGUGCCCACCUUUAUUUGAUGUACCACUAUGAGUACUCACCCGUUUGAAUUUCCCAUGAAUUUCCUCCUUUAAGUUGCUCACUCGCAAGUGAAACUUUUAUUUUAAAAGACCUGAAGUGCUGGAGUAACUCAACGGGUCAGGCAUCACCUCUGGAGGACAUGGACAGGCAACGUUUUGGGUUGGGACCCUGCUUCCCAACCUGAAAUGUUGUCUGUCCAUAUUCUUUAGAGGUGCUGCCUGACCCACUGAGCCACUACAGCACUUUUGUGGCUUUUCUUAUAACCCAGCAUCUGCAGUGCCUUGUGCAUAAACUUUAAUUUUACUUUGUUUGUAGAAGGCAUCCAAAUGAAAAUGCUAGAUGCGCAGUAUUUAUUAGUCACCUCUGGCUGUUUGGCGAGUACAUUUAAAAUCAAACACACCCUGUGGGAAAGGAAUUAGAAGUAGGCCAGAAAACUGGGUGUGAGCAGAUUUAUUUCUCCGAGCAACAUGAGCCAACCCAUUGACGUUUCACACUGGAUGUUUUCAUUAUCUUUUGUCGCCUACAAAAAUGUCAGAUUGGGUUUGUUUCAAACCCUACCCAAAUCCUUGAAAUCUACCGCCUAGAACAAAUGCUGUUGUCAAUCUGCAAGGAUGCAUCCAAAUCACACGUGCCCCCAAUUUGUAAACUAGAAUGCUAUUCCUUUGUAGAAUUGCAGAUGAUAGUUUGCACAAAAGGACUUUGAGUGUAGGAGCAACUCAGCAGCUCAGGCAGCAUCUCUGGAAAACCUGGAUAGGUGACAUUUUAGGUCGGGACCCUUCUGCAGACUGGAAUAGUCCCGACCCCAAAACGUCAUUGAUCCAUGUACUCCAGAGAUGUGGCCUGUCCCAUGAGCAUGCGAUUCGAUGCGGCAAGCACGACCUAAAGGGCCGGUCCCACCAGCAUGAACCUGCAUGCAGCAAGCGCGACCCAACCUGGUCGCUUGAGCCGUAUGGCCUCGCGGGGCCGGUCCCACUUCGAUCGCUGGAGCCGUA